AGCCACCCGACAGUUUAUCUUUUCUCGCAACCGACCCUUCCCCAGGACGAAUCAAGACUCGGACUUGUUGCUGCAACUUCUUCUCUUUCUCGGAACUCCACUGACGGGAUUCUCUGCAUGUCAAUCAAACAACAUGGCGACAAUGGAUGGUAGUGUAGUGUAGACCAACCCAAAUAGGACUGGCAAGGGAAACCCAGAGGUUGCAGAGCAUGGUAAACUACCUUCCUGGAUGGUUGCAAAAUGUCGCUUUUUCGGACCUUCUGCAGCCAUGGAAAAAGCACGAGCGAACACGAGUUGCCCACGUUGACGUCUGACAGCCGGCCAUCCGAAGAUUGAGACACGCAGAAGGCUGGAAGCCGUCCAUGUCGUCCUGAGUGGUUGAGUCGAUCACCCGUCUCAUCCUGAGCACCUUUUGCACCUUGGCUGUUCGUUCAGACCUGUGCGCAUGCUGCUUGAGGUUCACGUCGGUCUCUUGCUCGCCUUUUCCACGCCUUUUCCCUUCCCAUCAACCCGAGUUGACAAGUCAUCAUCACGUCCACAUCGCAAGGAAGUUCCAGCCCCAGUCCAAUCCCAGCAUAGAUGAUACCUACCCACCUCCUAGUCAUACUUAUCACCCGCAUCUCGUCCAUUCUGUUUCGUUUGGUGCCUCGUGGAUAAUAUGCACAUAUAUAGCAAGCCACACGGUAUCCGCCAAGGCCCGGCCGACGCUUCAAAUUCGCUGCUCCGCGACGAGGACGAUGCCCGGUCAGUGAUCCCGGAGCAGCUUGCCACACAGGCUUCUUUACCCCUUUUGGUACCUCAUCUAGGUCCUCUUCCGCCGUCUCACCCAACCCGUGCUUCCUCUUCCUCCUUUCCCGCAUCCUCUCCAUCUCUACCUCCUCUGUCUCGUCCAGCAGCUCCUCUACCUCCUCGUCUGUCCAAGACCUCGCCUUCUUCGGACUCUGGCCUCUUUAUUGGUGGGCGCUCUCGUAAGAAGAGACAGCAGCCCGGCGCAAGCCCAGUCGCAUUUCCGCGCUUCUUUCUUCAGUCUACGCAGACUGCAGUCUCCGUCAUUCCUUCUAUCGCCGAGGGAAAGCCUUUUCCUCUCGAUGACACUUCGGCCCGGCAGAAACUGGAAAACACAUGUCCAGCCGCCUCCUCUAGUAAUCAUCGCUACGCCAAGAGCACAGGCGCAGAAAUCAGGACCUAUUCGAAACCCGUGCUGGUAAGGACUCGCACCUCUAUCGUACCCCAGUACCGACGGGGAACUAGUAGUAUCGCAGACUCUAGUCGUGUUUCUCGAUCUGAACUUCCGGGCCUUGAGGCCGGGCCUCGCGGUGGACAAACCGGCUUUGAUACGGGGACCAGCAACCAAAGCGAAGGAUCUCGCUCUCACAACAAUCAGGAUGUGAACUGGAGAAAGGCGAAGAACAAGAUGUCGACAUCAGACCAGCCCGAGAACGGCGUCAGCUCUCUGCCUUUACUAUGGGAGCGACGGUCGACAUCGUCUCGCCCGAUCGUUGUAAAGUCCAGGAAUGGAAAACCCAAGAAGCUGCCGCCAAUGGAUGCCUUUUCGUUCAAGAGCUUCAUGGCCGACCUGCAGGCUCAGGGUGGAGACAACAACAUAGGAGCCGACCUUGACCGUAUUGCUGAGAUAUGUGCACGAUCCCGAUACUCGCUGAGUAACCAGUACGAGGUCCAUAUGGCACCCCACGGCUCAGGUGCUUCCCUCGUCUCUCCAGCCGGCGGACUAGCGCCAUCUUCCUCGGGCACAGCGUCGAAAAGGAGGGAGAAUGGCUCUUACCAUUCCAGUCAAAGUGCCAGAACAGGUCCUACAUUACAGGCAAUUGUCCCUGAUGAAGAGGAGGGUGGUGCCCGAAGGAGGCGGAGAGGGCCAGGGACUUCAGGAAGGAGGCUCAAAAGCAUUGCCUACGGGACUUUAGAGACGAUCAUGUCCUCCAGCCGCUCGUCCGAAGAGGACAGGUCGUUGAAAAAGCCAGCCGCUGAAAUAGCGGGCGAAGUUCGUGGAAGGAUCGACAGACAGCAUAGUAACUUGGGAUUCUCCGCUGCCGAUGCAGGACCAAGUGCUGCUACCACUAUCAAUCAAUAUCAUGAGCAUACAGCGACUGAUCAGGGCUUGGACGUGGAUGAUGGCCAACAAGGAUCAGGGGAAGCUGCCACGGUGUCGGCAGCAGCUAAACUGGCCAGGAAGAAAUCUGCAUCCUUCGCAACAGCAGUCAUGGACAAUCACAGCAGAAGCAGUGCCGGACAACUCCAGCGGUACGAGAGCACUUGCGCACUAGUCAGCGAGCCAGCCCUGCCGCAGACAUCCGACAGCCAUCUGGGAGUAAGGACCGCAGCCUCUCCCUUUGUCGCUAGCGACAACGCUAUCGUCACCAGGCCCUCGACUCUGAUGCGCUCUGUCAGUGAUGUGCCAUACCAAGCUUCGAGGACGAAGGAGUAUGGGGCAGGUUCUUCGUCUUCUUCGACCAGGGCAAGCUGGAAUGGCUGGAUCCCUUGGAAGGGGGGCAGUGGUGGUGCUGGAUCGCAACGACAGCAGCAGCAGCAGCAGCAGCAAGAGCAGCAAGAGCAGUUUGUGAGGAAUGAGGCUGAGGAGGUGACGCCGACGAUGAGUGCGGGCUUGGCUAAACCAAGGAGAACGGUCAGUCAUGCGGAAGGAAGUCUGAGGCGGAUCCUUAGGUCUCGGUGAAAUCAUGGUUGGUUCAUACGGACGAAGGGAAUUUUAUUUGGUGUAUAUGUCAUUUCAAGGGAGUCAGGGUUACGCGUAAGAGUUUGAGUGGCUAUCUGAUUUUUUUUCUGCUGGACAUUACGAAAUGAUGAUAAACGAAUUACGAUGUUGCCGGAGCGAGCAAUUCAAGCUACAUAUAUAUGCUCUAGAAACAUGAGUUAGUAGGGGAAAAAGUGGCUAAGCCUCAAGCACAAAUUUCAUUCUACCUAUUUAGAGUUUAAUUAAGCCAUGACACGC